CGCGCGUGCGUAGUGCGCCGGGGCUGCUAGGCGCUGAGGGGAGAGGCGCCGUCAGCGCCGCCCGGGGACCCGUUAGAGCGGAAGCGCAGCCGCCGCCUCUGUAGUCGCGGGGUUCCCGGCAGGUGAAGCGGGAACCAUGUCGAAGCGGCUCCGGAGUAGCGACGUGUGCGCCGACUGCAGCGGCCCGGAUCCUUCCUGGGCAUCAGUAAAUAGGGGAACUUUUAUAUGUGAUGAGUGUUGCAGUGUUCAUCGGAGUCUAGGGCGCCAUAUCUCCCAAGUAAGGCAUCUUAAACACACACCAUGGCCUCCAACACUGCUUCAGAUGGUUGAGACUUUGUAUAACAAUGGUGCUAAUUCUAUAUGGGAGCAUUCUUUGCUGGACCCCGCGUCUAUUAUGAGUGGAAGACGGAAAGCUAAUCCACAGGAUAAAGUGCACCCCAAUAAAGCAGAAUUCAUCAGAGCCAAAUAUCAGAUGUUAGCGUUUGUCCACCGAUUGCCCUGCCGUGACGAUGACAGUGUGACUGCCAAAGAUCUUAGUAAGCAACUCCAUUCAAGUGUGAGAACAGGGAACCUUGAGACCUGUCUGAGACUGCUAUCUCUAGGAGCCCAAGCCAACUUCUUUCAUCCUGAAAAAGGCAGCACUCCACUCCAUGUCGCCUCCAAAGCAGGACAGAUUUUACAGGCUGAAUUAUUGGCAGUAUAUGGAGCUGACCCAGGCACACAAGAUUCUAGUGGAAAGACUCCUGUUGAUUAUGCAAGGCAAGGAGGGCACCAUGAGCUGGCUGAGCGCCUCGUGGAAAUACAGUACGAGCUGACUGACAGACUGGCCUUCUACCUCUGCGGCAGGAAACCAGAUCACAAAAAUGGGCAGCACUUUAUAAUCCCUCAAAUGGCAGACAGCAGCCUGGAUGUGUCUGAGUUGGCAAAAGCUGCCAAGAAGAAGCUUCAGUCUCUAAGUAAUCAUUUGUUUGAAGAACUUGCCAUGGAUGUGUACGAUGAAGUUGACAGGCGAGAGACUGAUGCAGUUUGGCUUGCCACGCAAAACCACAGCACCCUGGUAACCGAGACAACAGUCGUCCCCUUUCUUCCGGUCAAUCCUGAGUACUCCUCAACACGAAACCAGGGCAGACAGAAAUUAGCUCGGUUUAAUGCCCAUGAAUUUGCUACGCUGGUCAUCGACAUCCUCAGUGACGCCAAGAGGAGGCAGCAGAGCAGUCCUCUGUCCAGGUCAAAAGAUAAUGUGGAACUCAUAUUGAGAACUGUUAGUAACCAGCACAGCACUGAGAGCCAGGACAACGACCAGCCAGACUAUGACAGUGUGGCAUCGGACGAAGACACAGACAUGGAAACCAGAGCAAGCAAGGCAAACCGGCAGAAGAGCCUAGAUUCAGAUUUAUCAGAUGGACCAGUCACUGUGCAGGAGUUUAUGGAGGUCAAAAGCGCCCUAGUGGCUUCUGAGGCCAAGAUACAGCAGCUAAUGAAGGUGAAUAACAACUUGAGUGACGAGCUGAGAAUUAUGCAGAAAAAGCUUCAAACACUCCAGAGUGAGAAUUCAAGCCUCAGGAAGCAGGCCACAACCAAUGCCUGUCAGGUGCAGACUGGCCCUGAUUACCCAGACACUUCCAGCCACUCGUCCUUAAAGCGCCGGCCGUCUGCCAGGGGCAGUAGGCCCAUGUCCAUGUAUGAGACUGGAUCAGGUCAGAAACCAUACCUCCCAAUGGGGGAAGCAAACCGCCCUGAGGAGAACAGGACAAGGCUUCAACCCUUUCCUGCUCAUAUUGGGAGGAGUGCACUUGUGACCUCCUCUUCGUCUCUGCCUUCCUUCCCCUCUACACUUUCCUGGUCCAGGGACGAAAGCGCCCGAAGGCUCUGAGAGCAGCACUUAACAGCCCUGGCUCUGCAUGUUCACAAUAAUUUUCAUAAACUUAAAUGCUGGCUACAUUGAAAUCCUGUAUGCUUUUUUGACGACGGAGGAGGACUUAGUGCGUAAGUAAUUGACCCUGGGUGACUGUCCUCUGCACUUGAAGAGCGUUUCCUGAGCACUGGCAGUGGGUGUGUGGCUCACUCUUCUGAAAUUUUAAACAGAGCGUGGCACUUUUGAUCGUUAUGGGUAAUGUAUUCAGUUUCUGACUAUCACCUUGACAUCAGGGAAAGCAAAAUCAUCUGUUAGAGAGAUAUGGGAUUCCAGGAGGUAAGAGGAUUGCAGGUUUAAAGCAGACCUGGGCUACAUAGCAGGUCUCUGUCUCAAAAUCCAAAAUAGCAGGCCCAGAGGAUAUUAAUCCUGUCUUCUAGAUUUUUCCUCCCAUGGGAGCAACUCUGAAUAUACUGUCCAGCAUAAUUAUGGAGUUUGUGUGUGUGUGUUUGUAUAUAUGUUUGUGUGUGUACAUAUGUAUUUGGUGUGUGCAUAUAUGUUUGAAAAUGUUUUAAAAAAAUAAAGAUUAGUCAGACAUUUCCUGUAAAAGGUAGCAAAGAUCUUAGGAGUUAGAGUUCUGAGAUCAGGCCCACAAGAUUCAUCUUUCACUUCCCUGUCCUAAAUGUGGUACCCCCUCUGUCCGCCAUCCAGGCUUCUAAUGUUGGUAAGACACUGACUUAAGCCAGAUUAAAAUCUGCAGCAGUGAACAGGAGCUUAAAAAUUUAGCUUUAAUAUCACAAGGUCCCAAGCCAACACUUAGUCAUUUACCAGAUGAAUUGGAGUGGACAAGAAAGUUCAUAUUAAGAAGCCAACCCUAAACUGGGCAGUAGUAGCACAUGCCUUUAAUCCUAGCAUGCAAGAGGCAAAGGCAGGCAGAUCUCUGUGAGUUUGAGCCAGCCUGGUCUAUAGAGCUAGUUGCAGAACAGCCAGGGCUAUACAGAGAAACCUUGUCUCAAAAAACAACAAUAAAAAAAAAAAGUCAACCUUAAUGUCUUCUGGUGCAGGAGUGGGGACAUCCAAGAGGAAAUAUAAAGGACCUCAGCAGACAGACAGACAGAGAAGGCAGAGUGUGACAGGACUGAGGAGCACCCCACCUUGGAGCUGUCCAAACCACAGACCUUAGGCAGACUUCCUCAAACCAGUUUCCUCUAGCAGCCACUUUUUUCUGGAUGAGACUACACUGUCUCGUGUGUCUAAGCCUUUACAGCUGUAGCCUUUGCCACACGCUCCCGCACCAGCUCAGCCCCCUGGCUGUGCAUGGCUAGAAGCAGGCAACCAGUAAUUGGUGUAGAUUUUACAAUGGUUUAUGCUCAUUUCUACAUAAGGGGUUGUCACAUGUGAGAAGAUGAGCACCGAGAGAUGGUCUCUCCUCCAGGUGUGGUCCUUGCCACAGCUUGUCGCACUGAGAGGCCCUGCCUUUAAUGGCACUGCCAUUCUCUUGCAAUGUUUUUAGGGAUUCCUGCUUUGAAUCUACAGCCCAUUUUGAACCUUCAGUUAUACUGAAUCUCUGCAUCUUCAGAGGUAAAUGUUUUGGGAAACAAGUAAGAGUCUGGCUAGCUUUCUUAAGGGCUCAUAAAAGCAUCCCUGAAGGCAGUUCUUAGCAGCAGUCAUCCAGACUUCCCGAACCUGUGUAAUGUGGGGAUCUAGAGAAGGCUUGAGAUCUCCUGCAGACAGACUCUGCCUGAAGCUGAACAGCUAGCUCUGCUCCUCAGUUAAUUCUAGCUCUGAGGUGUGUCUUCAGACAAGUGCUGGUGUGUUCGUUAUUAAUUGCAUCUCAUUCCAUUGGGUUGAGAACUAAAUGAGAGGUUGCAUGUGUGCCUCUGUCAGCGUGUGUGUCUGUUCAGGGAGCCUCUGGUGAGCUAAGGAGAAAUGGACCCAGUGUUCACUUACCUCUUGAUGCCUUUCCACUAAAGGGCUGGCUGCUGUCCCAACUGGGUUCUGGGUAUGAAGGUAACACCCUGACAGGAAUGCUUCCAUGGGAAGACUGAGGAAGGAUCUAAUGCUCAAAACUAAUGGGGUCUCCUUUCUCUUGUAGACAUCCAGACUGGAGAAGCAGAACAGCACACCGGAGAGUGACUAUGACAACACUCCCUUUGACACUGAGCCAGAAGACACAGUGUAUGUGUGAGAGCACAGGGAGGGGCUGUUAGCACAGAGCUGCUUUAGUUUCCUGAUGUCAUAAUUGUAUGUCUUCUGUACUCAUAUUGCCGCCUCAGCACGUGAGCCCUGUGCCAGCGUGCUGUACCUUCCCGUGGGUCCGCAGUAUCUGCUGCACUGCACCAGUGCUGUACCACCGUGCGAUGUCAGCUACAGUCUGAAGCUGUUGUUGCCUGGGGAUGGUUGUUUAGCAGCCCCGACUCCAGCCCAGGACAAAAGGAAAGGCCUUAGAGUGGCUGUAGGCGCUGGUGAUAAGCAGGGCUUGCCGUGACUCCUGGUAAAUAGGAGGAAGGAAACCCGGAAAGAGCUGAUGAGCACUUGUCCUGCUUAGUUAUUCUUCCCUGUUCACAGGUCAAACCGAAAGGGACGGCAAAGGAGUAUGGUGUGGCAGGGGGAUGGCUCAUUGCCAGACAUAGCAGAACCCCACUUGGUCCCCAGCCCCACAUUCCCCAGCACAGAAGAUGUCAUCCGGAAGACUGAACAGAUCACCAAAA